GAUAUAGUUCCUACAUUCAUGUCAGUGCAAUUGACAAUUAAACUACGACAAGUACAGGCGUCACAUUUCUGGUUCAAUCGAAGUGAAAAAUACACUUCAUGUCCAAGUUACAUACAUUAAGUAACUAAUUUAACAGAAACACAAUAACAAAAGAAAAGUUAUAUUUAACUGGUUGAAUAAUGGUGGACUACAGCAAAUGGAAAGAUAUCGAGAUUUCAGACGAUGAAGAUGAGACUCAUCCAAACAUUGAUACACCAUCGCUAUUCAGAUGGCGUCAUCAAGCAAGGAUUGAAAGGAUGGAAGAACAGAAACGAGAGCAACAGGAACAUGAAAGGAAAAAACAACAAACGCUAAAAAAAUUGAAAGACACAAAGGAACAACUUGCAAAAUUAGAAAAUGAUCAAAAGGAUACAGGUGAUUUAACUGCAUUAAAGAAGGUUUUGCAAGAUCUUGAACAUGAUGAACAGGCAAUUCGACAAAAAGAGGAAGAACUGAAAAAAAUGGAAAAGCUAACACCUUGGAAUGUAGAUACUAUUGGUCAAGAUGGUUUUACAAAAACUGUGAUCAAUACAAGGACAGCUUGCAGAGAAGAUGAUUAUGGCUUGUCAGACGAAGAAAAAGAAAAAAGAAUGAAAGAAUUUGUCAAAAAACAUGAAAAGAAACUUAAAGAAUUUGGUAUGUUAAGAAAAUACGAUGACAGUAAGAAAUUUUUGCAUGAAAAUCCUGAAUUAGUUUGUGAAAAUACUGCAAACUAUUUAGUGAUUUGGUGUAUUAACUUGGAGAUAGAGGAAAAAUAUGAUUUGAUGGAACACGUUGCUCAUCAAUGCAUAUGUAUACAGUACAUUUUGGAAUUAUCAAAACAAUUUGAUCUUGAUCCUAGAACAUGCAUGGGUUCCUUCUUCAGUCAUAUUCAUACUGCUGAAGUCGAAUAUAAGAAUUCCUUUGAUGAUGAACUUAGAGCAUUUAAAGAAAGAAUACGUAAACGAGCUGCUGAAAAAGUAGCAGAUGCGCUUAAAGAAGCAGAAGAAGAAAAGAAAGCACGCCUUGGACCAGGUGGUCUUGAUCCACUUGAAGUAUUUGAAAGUCUUUCAGAGCCUUUACAAAAAUGUUUCGAAGCACGAGAUAUUCCUUUAUUACAUGAAACAAUAGCAGCAAUGCCAAUAGAAGAAGCCUCUUAUCACAUGAAACGAUGUGUUGAUAGUGGCCUUUGGUUACCUGAUGCAAAAACUAAGAAGACACUGGAAGAAGAAGGUACAAUAGAUGAAAUAAAAGAAACACCUGAUCCGGAAUAAUGUGAAUCUGUAAAUUGUGUGUGUUGAGAUUCAUGAUACAUUUAUGCAAGUAUCUUUUAGUAUCGUGAAUAUGUUAAAAUAAAAUAUUGUCGCUGGAUAAUGAAUAUAAAAUUUUUACCUUUGUUGGCUUUUUUUAUUGUAAUAAUGGUGUAUUACUGUGUUACACUUUGAAUUAUUUUAAGACUGAAUUACUACAUAAUUCCGAUUAUCAUAAGAAAUGUGAAUAUAAGAAAUUGUUGAUUACACAAGGCAGUUAUGUAGGGAAAUGGGAUACAUUUUAUGUUAACAUAUUACAUUGACUAUUUUAAAUUUUUGUUUUAUACGAACAUUUGCAGAUAUUAAUAUU